AUGCCUGAUCCUGCAUAUUACGAUGGUGGUCUAUUCAAAUUUAUUCCAUUUGAUAAUAAAUCAUGGAUAAUUGAAUUAAUAAAACAAAGUGUUGUAAAACAAGAAAUUCAACUCAUCAUUGGUGUAUACAUUAUAAGCUGUGUACUAAGUUUAGCUACACUUAUAAAAAUAAUAUUCAUCUAUGAUGAUAAUAACAAGAAUAUCAAAUAUAAACAAUCAGAGGAUAAAAAAUAUUGUAAUAAAGUAAAGUUAACUUCAUUUUCAAGUAAUACAACUUAUAAAUAUCUUCACAAUUUACAUUUCGAUAAUAAAUCAAUCUUUAGUGAUCAGUUUAUUAAACAAGAUAACAACAAUAAACAUUACAUUCAAAUAAAUCAUGAUGAAAUACAAAUAAGUAAAGGUUUACCAAUUGAAGGAGCAUUGAACAUUGAACAUUUCAAUAAACAAUUUGUUCAAUAUUUAAAAUUCAUCGAUACAAUUCAAUGUGAUGAUGAAAAAGAAAAUUUAAGAAAUAAUCAAAUGAAUGAAUGGUAUACAAUGGAUGAUUUAUUUAAAUUACGUAGAAAAUCAUUAUGCCGCUUAUCAAUAUGUUCAACAAUUGUUAUAAUAUGUUUUCUAGUCUUUAUUUGUAGUUAUAUUAUAUCUAUUCAACAUAGACAAUAUUUAAUGCAGCAAAUUAAUCAUUUACCUAUAAAAUUUAAACAAAUCACAUUACAAACAGGACAAUUUAGUCAAUAUUCAAUAGAUAUAGCUUAUAAUUUGACUAAAAUUCAUAUUUAUAAUGAUGAAUUAAAUCGUUCGCCAUCUAAAAGUUUAUUAAAUCAAUUUAUUGGUAGUGUAAAACAAUUUAUUGCAAAAGUUAUUACUUGUUUAUCUACUAAUUUAUGUAGUACAAAUAAUAAAUCUACAAUGAAUUUAAAUUUCUUAACAAUACUAAUGUUAAAACAAGAUAAUAUUUCUUUAAAACAAUUAUUAGAAAAUAUUAGUAUAGAAUCAAAAAUUAUUUUGGAUAAUUUUGAUUUAGUUCUACAUCAUUAUGUAAAUUUAAACAAUGUUGCUAGAUUAUUGAAUCCGGAAAAAAUUAAAACAAUUGAACAUUCAUGGUAUGCAUAUCGACAAAGUUUAUCAUCAUUUACUGAUAUAAAUCAAUAUUUAAUUAAAGAGAAUAUAUCAUCUAUGUUAGUUUAUCCAUGGUAUACAUCACCUAUUAUACAACAGACAAAACAAAUUCUUUGUGAUCGUUUAAAAUAUUCUUCUUCUCAACUUAUAGAUUUUACUUCAUGUAAACAAGUAGAUCAAUUUUUAUCAAAUCUUAUACAAUAUUCUACUCAUCUUCCAUUAACUUUACCAAUGAGAAGUUUAACAUCUGCUUUAAUGUACGAUUUAAUACCACAAGCAUUGAAUAUUGAACAAUUAGUACACGAAUGGUUACCGGUUAUUGAUAACAUUUCAAAUAAUUGUAUAAAUUUCUUGUUUGAAACAUAUUUGAAACCACAAUUGAACAAAACUAAAUAUGAAAUGACUACAUUUAUUCAACAAUUUCCUUCUGUUGAAUUUAUUGAACAAAUGAACAAAAUUACCAGCUAUAUAAAUAUCACAUUAUUAUUCUACUAUAUACUACUUAUUUUCUUUAGUAUAAUACUCAUCGGAAUUUACAUACAUCUAUUUAUUUCUGGUUAUCAAUACAUGCUUGGUCAAAAUCCUCAGUAUAAAACUUGUUUAAAUAAUAAAAGUCAAUUUAGCAUGCAUAAACACAGAUCCGUCGGUGUACGUUUUACUUUAGGCGCAAUUUCUAUCAUUUGCUUCUUGCUGACAGUGAUUAGUUUAACAUGUGUAUACAUUUCAGUAAUAGGUAUAAAUGAAGGUUGUAUGUAUUUACAAUCUAAUAAUAUUAAUAAUUUAGCUCAAACUAAAGCUGAUCAAUUAAUUACUGAAUAUUUAAAAAAUUUUAUUUAUAAUAUUAAAGAAGCCAAACGAUUUCUAUCAAUUCCAAAUUUAAAUUUACAAAUACCAAAGAAUAUAUUAAAAACAAUUAAUUCAAAGUAUAUACCAGAAAGAAAUUUACCACUAUUGAAAAGUUUACAAAUCAAUCGUCCAUUUAAUUUUACUAAUGUAUUAUAUUCUAAUUAUAUUCAUUUAUUAUUAAAUAAUCUAUGGUAUAAAGAAAUUAUUAGUAAAAUAAAAAAUUAUAAUUUCAAAUUAAAUAUCCCUCCAAUUGAUUUUAAAGCAUUAUAUAAACAAACUAAAACAACUUUAAAUUUAACACGUUCAUUUGAUAAUUUAUUUGUUGGCACAGUGAAUAAUUAUCUUAUUGAUCCGGAGGAAAUCAAUUAUUUCAAUAUAAUUUUACGUAAUUUAAAAAGUAUUCCCCAUAAUGAAGAACAUCAACAUCAAUAUUUGAUAUAUUUAUAUGAAAAUAUAAAUAAUUUAUUUCAAGAAUAUCAUAUAAAUUAUUUACUUGUUACAAGAACAAUUAAAAAUUAUUGA